AGCAUGAGGAGGGAGAACCAGAACAGCAUGUCCAAAUUUCUCCUCCUGGGGCUCCCCAUCCGGUCAGGGCAGCAGGGCAUGUUCUUCGCCCUGUUCCUGGGCAUGUACCUGACCAUGGUGCUGGGGAACCUGCUCAUCAUCCCUCUUAUCAGGCUGGACUCUCACCUCUACACCCCCAUGUACUUCUUCCUCAGCGACUUGGCCUUCACUGAUGUUUCUUUUUCAUCUGUCACCGUCCCAAAGAUGUUGAUGAACAUGCAGACUCAGGAUCUAUCGAUCUCCUAUCCUGGAUGUAUUUCACAGAUGUAUUUUUAUAUUUUCAGUUGUGUUGAUAAUCUCCUUUUUGCAGCGAUGGCAUAUGACAGAUAUGUAGCCAUCUGUCACCCUCUAUACUACACCACCAUCAUGAAGAAGGGUCUGUGUGUGCAGCUGGUGGCUGGCUCCUGGAUUCUCUCCUGUAGCAGUGCUCUCUUACACACCCUCCUCCUGACCCAGGUGUCCUUCUGUGCUGACAACAUCAUUGCUCACUUCUUCUGUAGCCUCCCCAUCCUAGCCAGGCUGUCCUGUUCAAACACCUCUUUUAAUGAGCUGGUCAUACUUACUGCAGGGGCUACAGUUGUCAUUUUCCCAUUGACUGGCAUUCUGGUCUCUUAUAGACGCAUUGGAGCUUCUAUUCUGAAGGUCUCCUCUACCAAAGGUAUCGGCAAAGCCUUGUCCACCUGUGGCUCCCACCUCUCUGUAGUGUCUUUAUUCUAUGGAACAAUUAUGACAUUGUACUUUUCCUCCGCAUUGAGCAACUACAAUGACAAAGACAUGACUGCCUCACUGAUGUACACAGUGGUCAGCCCCAUGUUGAACCCCUUCAUCUACAGCCUAAGGAACAGAGACCUGAAAUUGGCUCUGGAGGUGAUAUUUAGAAACAAUAUCCUUUUCACCAAGUGA